AUGACUCCUAUUUGGUUAUUUCUAGGAUGUGCUCUCUGUUCUCUUGAAAGUGACAUGCUGAGAUACACAAACAAAUUCAGGAAGGAGCACAACAUGGAGGAACUAUACAACCUACCUUCCUUGCAGAAGGCUGCGGAUCUGCAAGUGCUGCACAUGUGUAAGAAAUCCAAGCUUACACAUGACGGACCAAGCGGAGAAGGAUUUAACCUUGCAGGAAGGUUGAAAAAGUUUGAUUUUGUCGGACUCAACAUAGGAGAGAAUAUAGCUAAGCAAGAGAAUGAUGACUAUAAGGAGGUGGUUAAACUUUGGAUGAAGUCUGAAGAGCAUAGAAACAACAUUCUCGGAGACUAUGUAUACUCUGGGGUUUCCACAUGUAUUGGGAAGGAUGGGAACAGAUAUUGGGCCCAGGUCUUCGGGAAAGACAUCAGUAACACAAAAAUUGCCAAGAUGAGGAAUGAGGGGAAGCCACUGAUUUGCCUGGAGUGCAAUAUGAAAGAUGAAGACAAAUCGGAUAGAGAAAGAAAAACACAUGAAGAAGGAGAAGACCUCGGAGUCGGAGACUACAUAAUGGUGGUUCCUCCGGAGUAUGGAAAAGAACCAGAAAAAAGAGAAGGAUCUUUUGGAGGAGUUUAUGAAGAUGCUCGGAAUGAAAAUGUUGGUUCUAUCGAAACUCAGCCGGAUGUAGAGAGUCCUAGCAGAGGAGGAAAACGGAUACCUGAAAUAAGCUUAGGUAGAAAGAGGUAUCCGGGACAGAACAUUGUUCGAAGACCUAAGUAUUCGUCCUCCCACGAGCGCAAUACUAGGAAGGAGGAAAGAGAAUUGUUAAGUCUAGGAGAUUAUCUUAUUCCACCACAGAGCGAAAGCACCGAGCAUCCAAAAACUAGCACUUCGACUUCAGAGAGUUUGUAUUCAACAACGACUCAAAAAACAGUCUCCACCGUCACUCCAAGCACCAGCAUCCGAACCUCAACAAUACCAAUCUUCACACUUGUAUUCAAGGACUCGGGAAAUUCCACUGUGGUUCCUGCACUUCAAUCUUUGAUUGAUGCAAUCAAAGGAACAUCUUCUCAGGAGAAGAGUAGCAGUAGCAAGACUGUCUUCUCUGUGGGGUCGACACUUUAUUCUACUUCGGGGAUAAGCACUUUCAGUUCAAGCAUUCAGUCUCCUUUGUCUAGUACUACACAAACAUCCUCAUCUUCACUAAGCAGCAAAGAAGCAAUAUCCACAGUUACAGUCACUUCAACCGCUCGUGAGUCCGUCACAGUGUAUCUCCCCAAAUACCAGAUAACGACAACGACAACGACCGUGCCAUCGGAAAGAAAGGAUUCCAAGGCCCCACAGAACAGAGAUGGGUCUUUCAACCAGGGAGGUCUAAGGAUUGAGUCCCCAAAGCAUCUGGAGUUCAUUGGGGGAGCUGGAAGCGGAGGAAGCAUAAGCCCUGUUGUAAAGUUGGAUGACAGACAUAAUGCAGGACAAAACGAAAAGGAAAAUGACUCUGGCAACGAGGGAGGAUGCAAGGAAGGAUACAACAACGACGGAAGCUGUAUACUUUCCAAGUCGCUGGAUGAUUUGAAGCUCAAGGAUACCCUCGAGAAUCUGGUUCGAAAGGGAAAGAUCCAUCUUCAUAUUCUGUCGGACGAAGACUGCGGAGACAAGGAGGAAUGUUAUGAAAGCAAAAAUAGAGUUGACAUAGGAAUUCCGUUUUCUUAUAAACUUUAA